UGGGGUCGGCAGCGCCGCUUCGGAGCAUCUGAGUCGGUCUCAUUUUGGCGGAUUUGGCACGAAAAGUCGAGGUCUCUCGUGUGUGGUUUUUGAAGUCGUCGGUUUGGAGGCGAAAGGCAGAAAAGGGCCACUUGAGGAUUUCUCGGGUUGGAAAGGAAAGCGCAGACGCAGGCUUUCCCCAUCAGCCGAGCUUUCCCGAAGUAGCUUAGCUCCGAGUACCAACCCACCCGAAGGAAUUCAACAGCCAACCAACGAAUCGUACUGGGAAUUUGUCCAAAGGUGGACUAAGAGCUUCAAAUCAUCAUCGCCGUCCGUUGACUCCGAAAAGCUUCAGCUACGCCUCAGUUCCCAUCGAUAUUUGGGUUCUAACGACCACCAUUUUUGACCGACGUCUUGCAACGAUACGCCGAACAAGACUUUAAGCACACCACAUCAAAAUGGCGGCCGCUGCGAGAGCCCUCAACUUCAUGUACCGCAUGGCGGUCCCCGCUUCAGCUGUCGUCUUCCUAGGCAGUCAGUCUAUAUACGACGUCAAGGGAGGAACUCGGGCUGUCAUCUUUGACAGAUUGUCUGGUGUUAAGGAGACCGUCGUCAAUGAAGGAACCCAUUUCCUUGUUCCCUGGCUGCAAAAGAGCAUCAUCUUCGAUGUCCGCACCAAGCCCAGGAAUAUCGCAACAACUACCGGCAGCAAGGAUUUGCAGAUGGUUAGCUUGACACUGAGAGUGCUGCACCGACCAAAUGUCAAGGCUCUCCCCAAGAUUUACCAGAACCUCGGUGCCGAUUACGAUGAGCGAGUCCUCCCCUCUAUUGGAAACGAAGUCUUGAAGGCUAUCGUCGCCCAGUUCGAUGCCGCAGAGCUCAUCACCCAGCGAGAGGCUGUCUCUGAGCGAAUUCGAAACGACCUUACUCUUCGUGCUGCCGAGUUCAACAUCGCUCUUGAGGAUGUUUCCAUCACCCACAUGACCUUCGGUCGUGAGUUCACAAAGGCUGUCGAGCAGAAGCAGAUUGCCCAGCAAGAUGCUGAGCGAGCACGAUUCAUCGUCGAGCGUGCUGAGCAGGAGCGUCAAGCCAACGUCAUCCGCGCCGAGGGUGAGUCCGAAUCUGCCGAGGCCAUCAGCAAGGCCAUCCAGAAGGCUGGUGACGGCCUCAUUCAGAUUCGAAAGAUCGAGGCCAGUCGUGAGAUUGCUGCCACUCUUUCUUCAAACCCCAACGUCGCCUACUUGCCUGGUGGAAGCGGAAAGCAGGGCGGUCAGUACCUGCUGUCAGUGGGUAGGGCUUAAAGUAACGGACUUUGUAUGAUGUAAAGGAUGUUGAGGAAAUGACUGGGAAAUCCCCGCUUAUCGUUGGCGAUGAAAACAUUUAUUCAUGAGCGCCAACUAUGUAUUUCUAGAACGAGACCAGACGGGAGUAUCAACCCUAUCUCGCAAUGUAUAAUCGCCGGUGGCUUCACGGCUUCUCCCGUUCCAAAACGGCAUUAACUAAGCUGAACCAGUGACCAAGUCCAGAACACCCCGAGAUCUAUGAUGCCCAAUGCUCUCCAGUCCCAUGAAAAUUCACAUGCGUAACUACCUAUCUUGAAUAUGGCGCCCAUGCUCAAGAGCUAUGCCUCGAUGAAUACCUCCGUCAAUCCUGAAGCUUUCCCAGGAGCCACGAAAUUACCAUCCACCAGUUUCCAACCCUCUCUCUGCAUAUCCAUCCACUCAUUCCUAAUCUUGAGACGAACAAGGUCUCCUGCUGCCCUUGCAUCUUCAGCAGAAUCAUGGCCUACCAUUUUUGGACCCGUCUCCUGUUGAAUCUUGCGGUUGAGAUGAACAUCCAUGAGCAUCUUUAGGCUAUACCGAUAUGGUAAACCAGCCUUGUGGGGGAAGAGCAGCACGGUAUCAAUUAGUGUUGGAUGCACAAUACGGACUGAGUUGAGAUCGUUCUCGAGACCAUGUCCGAUCAAGGGUGUUGUUGGAGAGAUGAGUUGAAAUAGUAGGCCUCUGGCGACUUCUGGAGAUGAGACGAUCUUGAGCUGCUUCUUCUUAGGCUUCAGCUCGCCAUCUUCACUCACAUCGUCGUCGCUACUCUUAGUUGGCUUCGUCGAUUUGUCCGCGGUCCAUGAUUCAGCUUGGGCGAGAUCGUCUGGCCAGACACCAGAGUAUCGCGAGUUGAGGUCCAGAAUUUCUCCCAACGGUCGAACUAGAACAUCUAGCAGCUCCUCGCCCGUCGGCCAUGAUGUUGCGGUUAGACGGAUAAGUUCCAUGCCGAAAACUGUAUAACCCAUCUCGCAAUCAAAAGCCACUGCUCUAUCCGUAGGCACGACAAGAUUCUCGGGAGUUUCUGCAAAGUUAAGCACAGAGGCAAGUCUCUUGGGAUCUGAGGUCUUGAAUACGUGGUGAUCACGAGUGAAGCAGCCAACAGAGUCACCGACUUCUUGUCCACAACACUGAUAUCGCUUGGGCUGCCUGGUGUUGUCGCCUGGAGCCUUGGGGGCGAUGAAGGUCUUUCCCCAGUGGAACGUGCAUGUCCCACCAGAAGUGAGUGCACCGUCUUCUUCACGUCUUCCAGGAAAGACCUGGAAGCGUUGUUGGCAACGGUCACAUUUCUCCCAUCCUGCGGCUGUUGCUACACCUUGUCUCGCCUUUUCGAUAUCAGCUUCUGAAGGUAUACUAGCAACAUAACCAUGAUUUGAUAGCUUAUCGAUGGGAGUCAAUAUGCGUUUCGUAAGCUCAACCUCCUGAGCAGGGGUCAGGCCGGUCUUGAUUUCCGUGGGUUUCUCGUUGGGAUCUUUUCCAGCUGCUUCGAGCUCCUUCUUCUUUAUUUCAUCCUCUCUCUCAGCCUUCCACUGAUCAACCUUCAUUCGCUUGUAUUGCAUGACUUUGUUUUUCAUCACAUUAGAGUACACGGCGGUCUUGUGGACGGCAACGUAUUCCUCUUCGUCUAGUGUUCGGACGAUAAGAUCUUGAUCUGAUAGUAGAAGUCUCGUCUCGUCUUUCUUGAUCUUAGCUUUGAGUUCUUUGUUCAGUCGGGUAAGUUCUUGGUGAAGCAUUUUGACUAGCCUGAGACGGACGUCAUGAGCAGCAGGCAAUCGUUUAAGGAGUCUCGGAUUCAGUGUCUCGGCCUUCUUGGGCUUUGCUGGUACAGUUUUUCGGGCAGAAGACGGACGUGAUUCAGUAGCAGAAUGACUUGUUUUGGCAAUCUUUGAAGAAGCUUUUGGAGUGUGAUCUUGAGUGUCCAUUUUCCGUUUCAGUGGUGGAGGAGAGACUGUUCGAGCUGCUGUUUCAAGCUUCUUGGCUACUGGCUUUGGGAUAUCAUCCGUUGAACCCCCACGAGAUGUUCCAGAAGAGCUGGGUGCAACCUCCUGGGGAGUUUUAGGUGAAGGAGGCGGAUGAAAGGGAUCUGUCCUCACACGCUUGCGUGGUACAUCCUGGUUUGCUGCGGUGGUCUCAUUACUCGUGUCAUCUGAUGAAAGUCCUUGUGAUGGUGGUUCAUAUUUCUCCUUUGGAUGGUUGAAUGGACAGAGGCUCGCUGCGCAAUCAUCGCCCUUGGGACAGGGGAUGUGUUUAAAUAAACUCAUGGUGACGACACCUCAAAGUGACGUUGAGGGUUUCCUAAUAUGAGCUCUGUGUCUGCAUUCGUGAUCAUGCGAGUUUCUAUUGAUGCCAGCGAGAUCGUUGAGCGUGAAUGGAUGAAUCGAGUUUGGAGGUUGAAGCCAGGUUUAGGGUGGUUGUGCUUGGUGAGGCGAAACAAUAGGAGGUUAUCCACUGCAGUGAGGUGAGUUGUUGUGGAGAGGUUGAAGGGAAGACCGUGCUGAUGUAAAUGCACGUGAGCUUCUUGAAGGGUCGGAGGAGCCAAAAGAGAAAAGUAUCAAAUUAUCGUCGUUUUGAUUCAAUUGAGAUUGU